AUGACCGCCACCACUGAGGGUGGUGCCCAGCUGACACGCUUCUGUGUUCCCACCCACACAAGCGAGUGCCGCCAUGAGCAAACGCACCGUGUAUACACUGUGCCGUCACCCUGCCACGAUCUUGUCCUCAACAAGUCUUUCGGUUCGGAUCGACCGACCCCAUGCACUUCGCCAAGCGCGCCAAAGUUCGACACGACGUGUACCGCGUCCAUCUCCGAGAUACGACCUCGUCUCUACAUUGGCAACGUGUUUGCCAGCGUGCGACCGGCCGUGCUACGGGACAACCACAUCACGGCCAUCAUGUCCAUCAUCAACGCGCGCUACGGGCAGUGGUCGACGCCAUGCAUUCGAAACAUGGUGCCCGAGGUCAACCACCUCUACAUUCCGUGUCUCGACAGCACGACCAUGGACCUGCUCCCCUUCCUCGGCCGCGUCUGCGACUUUAUCAAGAAGCACGCGCAGGGCCCUGCCGGCGACAAUGUCCUCGUGCACUGCCACGUCGGCAUCUCCCGGUCGGCCUCGAUGGUGAUUGCCUACCUUAUGCGCGAGGAGAAGCGGAGCCUCGACGACGUGCUGGCCGAGGUCAAGUCAAAGCGCAAGGUGCGGCCGAGUUCCAACUUUAUGGAGCAGCUGCGUGUGUGGGACGCGGUUGGCUACCAGAUCUGGCAGGAUAGCAAAGAGACCAUCCCAAAGGUCGAGUACCAAGCCUACCUCGAUAGGAGGGCCGUCCGGUUACAGUCCCUAGGACUCACGGGUGAUGAACCAAUUGAACUACAAAGUCUUUAA